AUGGCGGCUGGUUGUUAUGCGCUGUCGAUCGAGUUUGUCCCCCAGGCCAAGUGCGUCAUUGCUCAAGAAGCCGGGGCCUGGUCUUUGUCACCGCUGGCCCCUUCACUGCUGCGCCUGCUCUUCAUCUGCUCAGCGAUCCCCCUCGCUCUGCUACUCUCCUCCCUCACCCUCACCCUCCCCCAGUACCGUUCCUACACCACAUCCGCCACCAUGUCGGGUGAUCUGAAGAAACUCAUGCCCCAGGCAAAGGCCGUCAAGCCUGGGCCCUACACAACAGAGGCCGCUGGCGCACAAAAAGUCGAGGGCGAGACGAUACCGCGCCGCAACAAUGCCGCCAAGGACGGCCUCAUCCUCAAGCCCAUGGAAGGCGUGGAGACGCUGUACGACAUUCUGCGCCACGCCUCGGCCAAGUUUGGAAAUGCAAAGGCCGUGGGCGCACGGCGCAUCGUAAAUGUGCACGAGGAGACGAAAAAGGUCAAGAAGAUGGUUGAUGGCCAGGAAAAGGAGGUGGACAAGACAUGGCAGUACUUUGAGCUCAGCCCCUACAAGUACAAGAGCUUUGUCGAGUUUGAGCAGAUGGCCCUGGCUGUGGGUAGUGGCCUCAGGGCGCUGGGCUUUGCGCCCCACGACAGACUGCAUUUGUUUGCUGCAACGAGCAUGCAAUGGCUGGCUUCUGCCCAUGGUGCGCUCUCACAGUCACUUGCCAUCGUCACCGCGUACGACACACUCGGCGAGGAGGGCCUUAAGCACUCGAUGCUUCAGACCAACGCCAAAGUCAUGUUCACAGACCCUGAGCUGCUACCCAAGCUGGUGAACCCCAUGAAGGAUGCCAAAGAUGUCCAGGUGGUUGUCUACUGCACUAAGAACGACCCCAAGCAAAAGGAUAUUGACGCCCUCACCAACGCACACCCACACUUAAAGGUCAUCAGUUUCGAUGAGCUGAUCCGCAUUGGCGAGGAGAGCCCGGCUGAGCCUGUGCCUCCCAAGGCCGACGACCUGGCAUGUAUCAUGUACACUUCUGGCUCCACUGGCACGCCCAAGGGUGUCAUGAUCAAGCACCGCAACGUCGUUGCUGCUGUCGCUGGUGUGGAUGUGAUUGUUGGCAGAUAUCUCGGCCCUGGUGACGUUCUCAUCACCUACCUACCUGCCGCCCAUAUCCUAGAGUUCGUAUUCGAAAACGCCGUACUUUACUGGGGUGGAACCAUGGGUUACGGUACAAUCCGUACCCUCUCCGACCAGUCCGUCCGCAAUUGCGCCGGUGACAUCCGUGAGCUGAAGCCCACUGUCAUGGUCGGUGUUCCCCAGGUUUGGGAGACGAUCAAGAAGGGCAUCGUCAACAAGGUCGAAGCGGGCGGCGCGCUCAAGAGCAAGAUCUUCUGGGGCGCUUAUGCAGCAAAGAGUUUCCUUCUCAGCUCUGGUCUGCCAGGCAGUGGUAUCUUUGACGCUAUUGUCUUCAACAAGGUCAAGGAGGCUACAGGUGGUCGGCUGCGUAUCUGCUUGAAUGGUGGUGGGCCCAUUUCCAAGGAGACACAGCGCUUCAUCUCUAUUGCGAUUACGCCAAUGAUCAGCGGCUAUGGUCUUACCGAGACUUGCGCUAUGGGUGCGCUCAUGGACCCUCUAUCCUGGAACGAGCAUGCGCUCGGCGAAAUGCCGGCGUCGAUUGAAAUGAAGCUCGUCGACUUUGCAGAUGCCAGCUACUUCACCUCUAGCAACCCACCGCAGGGAGAGAUCUGGAUCCGCGGUGGUAGUGUGGUCGAUGGCUACCUCGACAUGCCUGAGGAAACCGCAGAAUCCUUCACCUCGGACGGCUGGUUCAAGACGGGCGACGUGGGCGAAUUCAAUGCAAAGGGCGAAAUCCGCAUCAUUGACCGCAAGAAGAAUCUCGUCAAGACACUGACGGGUGAGUACAUUGCGCUCGAGAAACUCGAGUCGGUGUACCGGUCUGCUCCUAUUGUGGCCAACAUUUGCGUCUAUGCGGCAGAGGAUCGCUCGAAGCCCGUGGCCAUUAUCGUGCCUGCCGAGCCGGCGCUGAAGAAGCUAGCGGCGCAGGAAGGCGUCAAGGGAGACCACCUUGAGGAACUGGUGCAUGACAAGAAGAUCAACAGUGCGGUGUUGAAGCAAUUACAAGACGCAGGCCGCAAGGGCGGUCUUGCCAGCUUCGAGACGAUUGAGGGUGUUGUGUUGGCGGAUGAAGAGUGGACGCCGCAGAAUGGCCUCACUACGGCAGCGCAGAAGCUCAAUCGCAGGGGUAUUCUCAAGCAGUACCAAAAGCAGAUUGAUCAGGCCUAUGGCAAGAAGUAG